AAAGCAUUUAAGCACCCUCUUGAAACCAGGCGUUGUGGUCCAUCCAACAUGAUGGCUGACUUAGCUUCUUCAUGGAUGUGGCUUGUUGUCAUGCUGGCUGGGGCAGUCACGGGCUAUCCAACAAAGAAUGUUUUGGACCCUCUCAGGGGCCAUGGUGCUCCCCCUGGUCCUGGAUGGGGAGAACCUCCAAGUGGAUUUGCUCAAGCAAAAUCUGGUUUUUCACCAUCUUCACAUCUAGAUUUCUAUCAACCUCAAUUCAGCCAACCUGCUGCUGAGAUGAGACCAGUACCUGCUCUUCAUGCUUCUGAUACGUAUCCUGCACAUAUUUACUCAGAGUAUGGUGGCAGUUCUCCACCCCAGUCAGGACCUCAGGUUCCCCCAAACCAAGGGAACUGGGCAAUUCCACCAAGUACUCUUCAUUAUGGGGCUUCAUCUCCAGAUGAGCUGGGUAUUGCCUCUGAAUUUGUACCACCUGGUUAUCCAUAUCCACCAGGCCCGUUUUUUCCUCAUCCCCAACCAGGUGAGCUAUCCUAUGAGGAGAAAUCGUUCGAACAAGGAAACUACAACUCUGAAUCUGAAGAACAAGGGCCUCCUGCUCCUCCUCUCCAGUACUUUCCUCAUCCAGCUCUGAGCAGACUUCCCAUCAGAAGCCCACUGGCAUUAGGAGCCCUUCUGGAUCAGUUACAGUUUGGCUAUCCGUAUAUUGAUUACAUGUUGCUGAACAGGAAACGUCCUCCGGGCACAUAUACCUUCUCCACCAACACGUAUAAGCAUGGGAAGAACCAGAGGCAUGACAGCAUUGGUGACUUGGGUGCUCCUGUUGGUCCCAGGGAGGAGUUGGGCCCCUGGGGCACCAAGCAGCCCAGACCACCUGCACCUCAGAGGGUUUGAGAUUAAAAUGAUGGCAUUGGUGAUAAGGGAUCUGGAUUAAACCAACCUUACAGUUGUGUCUAUUAAAUCGGUCAAGUUAAAACAUUUGUAGUCAUCAUAUUCAAGCUGCACAAUGGAGGAAAUGAGUGCAACCUGAAUUUCUCAAUUGGAGGAAAGUGGGGUGCUUUGGCUGACUGCUCCAGACUGUCUUCACUUGAAUAAACUUGUUAAAAUUCA